AUGCAAGAAGCCAAGCUGGCCCCAUCAGAAGAUGAACAACCACCAAUAAUGUUCCAAUAUGAUACAUCCCCAGAUCCUCAUGUGGGUCCAAGGGAGGCUUUGGAGAGGCAGGGGGACCAAGAAGAGAGCCCAGAUCCAAGCCCCCAAGACAACCCGCAACCACAGGACCCAAACCAAGGCACCACCAGUGUGGAAGGAAACAACAUUCUUCUUGGGCUGUCCUUCCCAAGAAAGCUUUGGAGGAUAGUGGAGGACGAGGCCUUCUCAUCUGUGUGCUGGAAUGAUGAUGGAGACACCGUGAUCAUUGAUGAAAAUCUUUUCCAGAGCGAGAUUCUUUGCCGAAGGGGCGAGGAGCAAAUCUUUGAAUCGAAAAGCCUGAAGAGUUUCAUCUGCUUGCUGAACCGCCAUGGCUUUUGCAAAAUAUGCCCAAGCAACUCUUCAGUUUGCUCUGCAGGGAACAGGAUGAUGAUCUACAGAAAUUGUAAUUUCCAGAGAGGCAAGCCUUGGCUCCUCGAGAACAUUACAACACAAGGCAACCCGGUGAUGCGCGUUUGUCCAGGAACCAGUGCCAUGCCCCCAAAGAGAAAGAAGAUAAUGGCCCCCACAAGACACUCCCCAAGAACACACCACGAGAACGGCGGCAAAGAAGCCAAACAAAAGGCUCAGGAGACAGGCAAGAAUGAUUGGGGAACCAAUGCUAACCAGGCAUUCGAGUUCUCAGUUCCUCAGCCCAUAGGCAGUGCCAGGGAAGUCCAGUGCCCAAGUGAAGCAAGUUGUUCAUGUGGGGAGGGCACAUCUGGUAAUGUCAUGCUUGUGCCCAGGGCUACUGCAGGAACCAGCGGCACAGGGGAUCUACCCCCCACCUCCCCAAAUGAACCACUACAAGGUUCAGUGAUGUCUUUGUACAACAUGUGCUAUUCCACACUGUUCUCUGGCCUUUCAGUCAUGACUCCAUCAGAGGACCCUGACCAGGCUGAGGAGGAGCAGGAGGGCUCCUCAGAUAACAAGUGUUCAGUCUGUGAGCGGUUCAAGCACAAUGCAGGCCCAUAA